UUUCAGUCGCAAUGUUCAUUGCAGCCGUGGCAUGAAACAAUCUUGGCUUUGCUGCUGUAAACACGAUGUUUAAAAUAAAUUAGCUUGUAAUAAGAUACCAGUUUCGUAGAUACUUAAAGCUCCGUCAGAGAAAGCCGCAUUGGCAGCUCUACAGACACCAUGUAAUAGAUGUAAUUCUAGAUUUGUAGCACACACAUUCACAGAUUCAAGUACACGGGAGUGUGUAUUAUAAGGCGUGUCAUUGCAUUGCAUCUAAGAACCCGACAGGCAGAUGGCUACAAAUUCGGACAGGAAACAAUUCCUUGAUAAAACGCGAAUGAUGGGGAGACAGUCCUGCCCUUAAUUUAAUGUUGGGGGGGGUAUUUUAUUUUCUUUUUCCCUGUGAGAUGUCUGUGAUUUUCCCAGUUGCAAAGAGGGAAGGCAGCGCUCAGACCCCACUCUACCUUGAGCAAACAGGGAUCUGAGGGGGAUGCACCAGGUAGAGCAGAGCACACAAAACCGAGAGAGGCAAAGCCCCGAGCAAACUGCAGCUUUUAGGGUGAGAGGGAAUCGCUCGAGACUUUCGGAAUUAUCCCUUCCAUCCUGCAGUGGGCAAAGGCUUAAAAGGGGGGGAUGCAAAGCCGCGGGGUCCCUGCGCACCGCCGGGGCAGCAGCCCCAGCACACCGCCGGUUUCCUCUCGUUAAACAAAAAAAUCUGCAUCGGUAACAAUCGAUAAAUUCCGCUUUUGCCCGGAACCCAAGGCUGCCUUGGAGCCAGAAAAGGUCGGGCAUAGAUUUGGUAUUAACAAAAAAACGCAAGAGGGCACAAUGCGGUACCGGAGUCCGGAGGAGAUGGCGAUUUAGGCAGGGAUAAAGGAAAUAGUUCGAUUUUCCAUUUGUCUCCCGAAUACGGAGCUUUGGCAUCGGGGGGGUGGGGGUGGGGGUAGAAAAAAAAAAAAAAGAGAAAAAAUUAAAAAAAGAGAGAAAAAAAUAUGCAUCUUAUGAAAAGCGGAGGUUCGGUUCAAGCGAGCGGAGCUUUCUUGAACAGGGAAUGCUAAUCUAUGAUAAUUAGGUAAUCAUGAACCCAAAUAAGUUGUCAAACCCCAUCUCUUCUCUUAUAGCAAAUCUAAGUUAAUGAAGCCCGCAGGAUCUCCUCCCUGCAAAGUUCACACACGCGCCAAACUUUUCUCUUUUCAUUUUUUUUUUUUGUUUUGUUUUGUUUUCCUUAACUGCAGCCAAGUGCUCGGACAUUUCAGGACGAUUUGCGAACACUAGGGGUUAAACUUUUUCGAAUGCGCUUAAUUAACUUUUCCCCUCACUUCUCCGUUUGUGUACGUUGUGUGUGUAAAUAUCUGGAGCCGCGCACUCCGCGUCCGCGCAGCCGGGCUCUGCGCACCCCUGCUCCGCGCCGGGGGCGGGGGAACACGGUUAUUUAUUUAUGAAGCCCCGAGCGCGCCGGGAAUGUUUCUUUCGGCAGAUAUUAUAUAUUUGGUUAAGGGGGUGCAUUUCUGUUGUUUAAAAGGGAGGGAAGAGGGGGUGGAUGGUUUGUUCUUGGGGUCCCUGGUGCAAUCUCCGCUCCUCAUGGGUGCUAUUUUGCAACCUCAGGCGCCUGCUAUUGGUCAGCCCCUGAUCAGAUGGUUGUAUUUCCUUGUGUCCCUCGCUGGCACCACGCCAUCUCCCUUCAGCUAAAACCCAAUCUCCGAUAUACUACUAAUAGCUAAACCACUUGGACUAUAAAACACAACAAAUCAUAAAGCCGGGGGAAAGGACGGCGAGGCUCUUUCCAAUGAGUUCUUAUUUUGUCAACUCGACGUUCCCGGUGAGUCUGGCGGCGGGGCAGGAGCCGUUCCUGGGACAGAUCCCGCUGUAUCCCUCGGGCUACGCGGAUCCUCUGAGGCACUACCCCAGCACCUAUGGAGCCGCGGGCGUCCAGGAGAAGGGCUACACAUCCUCUCCUUACUACCAGCAGAGCAACGGAGCCUACAGCCGCAGCUCCGCCUGUGACUAUGGGGCCGGCGGGUUUUUCAGGGAGAAGGACCCUGCGUGCGGCCCCCCCAGCCUGGACGAGGUGCCCUUCGCCCCCGAGCCGCGCAAGUCGGACUGCGCGCAGAGCAAAACUGUGUUCGGAGAGAGCGAGGAGCAAAAGUGUUCCGCCCCGGUUUACCCCUGGAUGCAGCGGAUGAACUCUUGCAAUAGUUCCUCCUUCGGGCCCAGCGGCCGCAGGGGCCGCCAGACCUACACCCGCUACCAGACGCUGGAGCUGGAGAAGGAAUUUCACUUCAACCGCUACCUGACCCGGCGCCGGCGCAUCGAGAUCGCGCAUUCCCUGUGCCUGACCGAGCGGCAGAUCAAAAUCUGGUUCCAGAACCGCCGCAUGAAGUGGAAAAAAGAGAACAAAUUGCUCAACUCCUCGCAGCUGAGCGCGGAGGAGGAGGAGGAGAAAACGGCGGAGUGAAAGUAUUAUUUAAAACACGCACAAAAAAAAAAAUAGAGGGAGUGAGUGAGUGUGUGUGAGAGGAUGCGGGGGGUGCGGGCUGGCGAGGACAGGGACGACCCGCACAUUGGUGGGACAAGCGCCUGCAGCAGCGGCGACAGCUGCAAAGUUUGGGCCACCAAUGCCAUGGACUCGUGUUCCCGGUGAUCUGUCGUGUCCAGGAAAAACAAAUCAGGCUUCUAGUUGCGUUUUUUAGAGUUUUAUUUUUCCCUUCCUAAACCUCCCUCCGCUCCCACUCUGCCUUCCCCGAGAUGAAAUAAUAAUAAUAAAAGAGUAAAGGGAUAGAGAGAGAAGGGGGAAAAGAAAGGGAAAGAGAAAAGACAAAAAAAAAGACUCCUACCCGUGUUUCUACCCUUGGUGUCACUGUUAGUAAUCUGCUAACGCUUGUAUUUAAAUGGAAGUGCUGCAAUAUAUGUCAUUUGGGGUGUUUAUUGUCUUAAUUUUGUAAAAAUGUUCCAUGCACGGUAGACAUAGGGGUUUUCAAUUUUUUUUUUCCUUCUUUGGUAAAUUAAUCAAGCCCUGGGGUCUUUGUAAUUAGUUUUUUUGGGUUCUUUUUAUUCCCCACCCCCCCCCCUUUUUUUUUUUUUUAAAUGAAAAUCUACUGAACGAACGAGUACUACCUAAAAGGAUGCAAAAGCAACAAGAACAGAAGUUAUAUUUUAUUAAGUUUUGUACGUGUUGUGUUUGAAGUUUGUCUUAGGUAUGACCAUGGAAUUCUCUAAUAAAAACAAAGUCUUGGAUCUCA